GCCCUGCGAAAUAAAUUCCAAAUCCGAACCAGAAAGAGUAGAGAAUCAAUAACCGUCAUCAAGGUUCGGCUGCUCUGAAAACCUAAAAAUACCAAAAUCCGUCGAAGUUCAUGGCUGAACUGAUUGCCGUCGUUGUGAUCUCAAAUUCGGCAACUGAUAGCGUUUCUGUUUCUCGUGAACUUUGCUUCCAGCGCUAUGAUUCCUCUCUAGUCGGAACGCCGUCGAGGUCGCCGCCUGAUCAACCCACAAUUUAAUUUAGGUUCUCUUCUCGGCCGGCGAGGCAGCUUUGAAGUAGCAAUAUGCCGAGAGGGGACAUCAAAGACUCUGGCAUCGGUUCCCCUCACCUGCCUGAAUGCCCCAAAGCCCCUACCAAACGGCCGAAUCGUCGCCGGAAGGCGUCCAAGAAGCCUGUCGGGAAGUCUGAGCUGGUGGACGGUGUUCAGGAUGGCACCGGUGAGACUGGUACUUUGGGUUUGGAUAAUGAUGGACCGAUUUCGCCGAGAGUUGAGAUGUGCAAAGGUUUUCCGAGCUCAGGGGAAAGCCCGGCAACUGAGAAGGGUAAUCUGUUGGAGUCAGAUGACAGGGCGAGUGAGAUUGAGAACGAUAUCGGCGGCGAAGAACCAUCCACUGGCGUGGUUGAUGUUAUGAGAGUGUUGGAGGAGUUGCAGUUGGCCGUGGAUGAGCCGGAGCUGUCUGCUGAUCAGCUCAGAAUCAACGAUCAGUUGCAGGAAGAUGAGUUACUUGCAAUGGAGUCUAUUUAUGGAGAAAAUGUCAUCAUUCUUGACAGGGAGAGAGGUUUGAGAGCUUUCGAGGUUCGUAUUGAACCUAAAAUUCCUGAUGAAUUUACGAUAACCACGAAACUUCAUUCAUCUGGUGAGAUGAAGAUGGAUAGCUCAAGUACUACAGAUGAGUUCUCUUAUUCAUUCAGAGUCAAGUUUCUUCCACCAAUUGUGCUGACAUGCUUAUUCCCAAAAUCAUACCCAAGCCACAAGCCUCCACAUUUCACCAUUUCUGUUCAAUGGUUGGAUUGUCCUAGAAUUGCAAGUCUUUGUUCUGUGCUGGAUUCGUUAUGGAUGGAACAGCAGGGGCAAGAAGUUAUGUAUCAAUGGAUUGACUGGCUUCAAAGCUUUUCUCUCCCUCAGCUUGGUAUUCAUCAAGAGAUCAUACUCGGUCCUUAUGGAAUAAAACAUAUCGGAGACAGGCGUGCAGUUUCGGGAAGUGUCUCCCCGGAUGUUGACAUUCCUUCACUCAGAAGGUAUAAUGAUAAGCAGGUCCUUGAGAAUUUCCUUAAUGAUUUCCAUCAGUGCAGCAUCUGUUUUUCCGAGCAUGCAGGCAGUGACUUUGUUAGACUACCGUGUCAGCAUUUCUUCUGCCGGAACUGCAUGAAGACUUAUUCUGACUUGCAUGUUUCAGAAGGCACAUUGAAUAAACUUCUAUGUCCAGAGUCCAAAUGCGGGGGUAUCAUACCACAGGGUCUAUUGAAAGAGUUGUUGGGUGAUGAAAAAUAUGAACACUAUGAGUCUUUGAUGCUACAGAAGACACUCGAUUGUAUGUCUGAUGUUGUGUAUUGCCCAAGAUGUGAACUUGUCUGCAUUGAGGAUGAAGACCAUUGUGCCCAGUGCUCUAAUUGCUUCUUUAGUUUUUGCUCUCUUUGCAAGAAUAAACGCCAUAUAGGCGAAGCCUGCCUAACGCCAGAGUUAAGGCUUCAAAUAUUGCAGGAGCGCCUCAAGUCCUCUCGAAGCGUGGCUCAAAUGCGUGUGGAGCAAAAUAAGAUCAAUGAGUUUCUGAGCGAGAGUUACAUAGCUCGUGAUUCUAAGCAAUGCCCAGUUUGCAGAAUGGCAAUUUCAAGAACUGGCGGAUGCAACAAGAUGGUUUGUGGGAACUGUGGGAACUACUUUUGUUACCGUUGCAACUUAUCCAUUGACGGAUAUGACCACUUCAGUGGUGGAGAGUGUGAACUAUUCCCGGCUGAAUCAAUUCGCCAGUGGGAGCAGCAGAUGAAUAAUCGCCAGGCUGGAGGGGUGGUUCGAGUUGAAAACAUUGGUCAUCCUCACAAAUGUGCUAGUUGUAAUCAUCAGAAUUGGAAGAUAGAAAAUAACAAUCACAUUUUCUGCUGGAAGUGCAAAAAACACUACUGUUAUUUAUGCCGGAAUGUUGUGAAGCGCAGUAGUGACCAUUACGGAGGACCCAACAGAUGCAAGCAGCAUACAGCUGGAUAGCCUUUCGAAUUCGGCCUGUGUGGUUCAUGACCCAACAUCAGCUCCAGGUAGAGGGCUUCUUUCAUGAAGGUACACUGAAACACCGUAAAGAAAUUACAGCCAAGUGAGAGGGAGUUUUUGUUUUAUAAUAAGAGAGAUUAUAUUUGCUUCCACAGUUGUCAAUAACUCAUUAGUUACACUAAACAUUUAAGUUGCAUUUGUUCAUACAGAUCUUUUACUCGGAUGGAUUUUUGCAAGUAUGUUACUUUGUGGCCAUUUGAUAUGCUUUAUGUUGCUGCUAGUGUUCCC